ACCUCGUCCACACAUCCAAAUAGUGAGCGAGAGUAAAGACGCGCACGGGAGAGGGCGGACGCCGCCUGCUUCAGCUCCGCACCCGUCGUCAAGCGAAGGAGGACGCCAAACGGUGGACUCGUUGUUUCUCUUCCGCCACGCUGAGAUGUUUUAGCAGGGCGCCACUCGGGGGGAAACAAAAGUGUUUGAUGGGGGAAAGGGGAGCUUUGUCGGCGCACGGGAGAGAGCUUUACGCGGAGGAGGGGAGCGCAGUUGCCGCUCCGCCGCCGGGGCGCGCGCACACCAGCUCGGCGGGACACGUCCGCUGUUCCUCCGCGUGGGAAAGUCCAACAUUAUGCGUCGUGAUGCGCCAGUCGGUGGUUGGAUCCGGAUUGGCGAGAACUCACAGAUCUUCGAGUGCUGAAUGCCGCUAGCGUGUCAAGUACCCGUCAAGGAAUCGCCUAUCGUUCAAAAGUCUUUUGCGUUGCUAUGGAGAAUCUCAGCGAGCUCCAGAAUCCUUUGCUGGACAAAAAUAGCAAGCAUACCAUCAACGGUUACGGAGGAGAUUUCCCCAAGAAUCAGUGCCAGGAGAACAUUAUCAACUACUUUGGCGGUGAAAGCGGCGGUGGGAAGUCGGGCAACGUGGUGAGCGGCGGGGGCGGCUACAAUAGCAACGGCAAGAUGAAGUCGCAGCAGCUGCUGGACGCCACCUCGCUGCAUUUGGCCGUGGAGGCCUUCUACAGGCCCAACUUCAUCUUGUACAAAGAGGACAAUGGCAGCAUCAAGGCCAAGGAAUACAAAAGCGAGUGCUGCGAGACCACCUUCACCGAGAAGAAGACCAAGGAGACCAGCAACUCCGGCGGAGGCGACGCCGCCGGCUCGGAGGAACCUCAGGCCAAGGUGCCGGAGGACGGCGAACACGUCAAAAUCCAGACCGUCUCGUACGAGGUGGAGGAGGAAGAGUACGUCGAGUACGAGACAGACUGCUCUAGCGACAGCGAGAGUGAGGACAAUUUCAUCGUGGUGCCGCCGCGGGACCACCUGGGCUUGGCCAUCUUCUCUAUGCUCUGCUGCUUCUGGCCUCUGGGAAUUGCAGCAUUUUACUUCUCGCAAGGGACCACCAAGGCGGUCCACAAAGGCGACUUCCCGCUGGCCAACAUCGCCUCCCGUCGCGCUCUGUUCCUGGCCGCCCUCUCCAUCACCAUCGGCACCGGCGUUUACGUCGGGGUGGUGGUGGCGCUCAUCGCCUACCUUUCCAAACCGGGACACGUGUAGCCAAGGCUCAUAUCUGCCGGGGCGAGGAGAGCUACCCGAUGCGUUCUUUGGUGGCUGUACAGUUUUACCCCGCCCCUCUCAUUUCUUUUCCCCGAAGAUUCCCUGUCAGCCAGAAUUAGCAAAGAAGGUGCGGCAAACACAAAGAAAAGUUGAAAUGGAUGUUGGCCCAAUUUGCAUCAUAUUGAGGUUAUCCUGAACCACAAACCACAACUUUGCUCUCCCCCCGGAUCCGAAAAGAACUUUCAACAAAGACCAGGACUAAUAAGAGCAUCAUUUCCAAUGAAUAAAACAUCACGUAGCUUUUAUUUGACUCACGGGAAGAUGUCAAAGCCCCGACAAGACAAUUGUCUCAUGCCAGAUGUUGUUUGCCUACGAACCAAAUGUGCUUUUUUGUUUUUUUUCCCUUCCUGUGUCUAAAGAUAUUUUGUUAAACGGCCUGUGGCGAUAGCGUAGCGGGGGUUAUGAAGCACCUGGGACAAAUUAAAGUAAAAAAGAAAAUAGUAGAGGGCUUACGUUUUCGACUCACCGCGCAUUGGAGAAUGUAAACACGGCAGCCUGAAAGCUAAAAAUAACCGCGACGGGAACGAUUAAGGUAAAUCCGUGUUAACAUAUUUUUUAAAGGCUGUUUUUCUCUACAUAUUUAAAAGUCACUGCCUUGUACGGAACUUUUGCUGUUGUCUCCAAAAAGUAUGAGCGCUAAAAAAAAAAAAUACUAGAAGCCAAAAAGCAAGUUUGGUCGGUAACAGAAGUUAUAAAUCAGGCAGAAUUGUGUCGACGUUCUGACAGCGUCAGACUGAGUGGGCGAUCAAUUCGGCGUGUUCUGCCAGUAGCAUUCCACCCAAUAUCGAUUUUUUUUCUUUUUCGGGAGGGGUUAAAAAAAAAAAGCUUGAAUUAAAAUUGAUCAUGCUGUAAAAGGCAACUCCGUUUGAGAUACAAGCAAGAUUCCGUGACAGCAAAUAGUCGAGAACAAGAAAAAGUAUUAAUAAAAAAAUAAAAAAAGACUGAUUAAUUACCCAGGUGACUUUAUUUUUAAUUGCGAGUUCAAGCCGCGAGAUCACAAAGGCGACAUUCGGCUUAGCUCCCCCGGCAUCAGUCAUAGCUGACAUUUAUGGAGCGCAAUUAGCUCCGUGUAAUGGCCUCUUUUUUUUCUUUUCUUUUUUUUUUUCUCACCCUUCUCCGAGGGAUUGUGUACUCUCCCGAGCGUGGCCCUAAAAUAGCACAAGCGCAUUCAUUUCAAUAAUAGGCGGCGGCGUCAGCGGAGAGUAAACGAUCCGCUAAAGAAGUCCACCAGGGACCGCUUAGAUGCAACAUGCUAGCUUGAACGCUUUCCGGGGUAAACAUGGCGACAUUUUGAUUUCAGAACCACAAGGUGCACUUAUAUAUUACAUAUAUUAAUAUAUAUAUAUGUAAUAUGUAUAAAAAUUUGCCCGACCUCCUGGUUUAAGCUCACAACGACAUGACCACAUGCUUUGUGUUGUGCUGUUUUGGCAACCUGCUUUUGUUCAAUGAGUGGAUCAGCACCUAAAGGACCUGAGUGUGCAUGUGUGUGCGUGUGUGCAUAGGUGGUGUGUACA